AGCAAUAUGAGGCUGAGGAUAAUAAUUUAGUUGAAGAAAAACAAUACGAAAUUGAGAAUAAUACCUUUGUUGUAGACUCAGAAGAAAGAGAAAAUAUUUCUAUAGAACCUAUUCUUGGAUCAGGGUUGGAAGGACUUGACCCUACGCAGUAUCCCUUAAUAACCUCUUCUAUAGAACUAUCUGUUGGAACUCGGUUUAGUUCUUGGGAAAUUGCGGAAUACUACUUGAAAGAAUAUGGAAGACAAAAUGGCAAAUACAAGUCUAAGAAAUCAAAACCCAUCGCCCAACAACGUAAUAAAGGCUCAAAGAGAACGGAUUGUAAAUGGCACAUUAAUUUGAGUAGUCCUAAAUAUACUCAUUACGUGUACAUAACUUUUGUUUAUCUGGAACAUAAUCAUUCAAUCAAUGCCGAUAAUAAAAGGUUUGCCACAGCAUUUAGACGUUUUGAUAAAAGUAUAAUGGCUGAAAUAGAACAUGCAGUGGUGUAUGGUCAAUGUGAUGCAUAUAUGAUAAGAAACUUGUUUCAACCAAAAUUUCCUGAUCAAUUAUUUCUUACACAAGAUCUUUCUAAUGCAAUUCAAAAAAUUAAACGCGACAAAAAAGUUAAAGGGUCUGACGCUUCUUAUUUGCUAAAAUUUCUUCUCAACCAACAGAAAGAAGAACCUACGAUAUUUGUGCAACCACUAAUUAAUAUAGAUAGUAAUCGGUUAUGUAGCAUAUUUUGGAUGACAGCAAACCAAAUUUUAUUGUGGUCUCGUUAUUUUGAUGUCAUUUUGCAUGACAAUACCUCAAGAACAAAUAAAUACAAUUACCCAUUAUCAUUAUUUGUUCUUGUUGACAAUGAAGGUAAAUCGCGUCUUGGUGCACAAGUUUUUUUAAAUAAUGAGACACAAGAAAGUUAUGAGUGGGUCUUGCAGCAAAUACUGGAUGCAACUAGUUCUGAGCCACAUGUUUUUAUUACUGAUAUGGAUCCCACAAUGAAUGCUGCAUGUAAAAACAUAUACAAAAACACAUAUUACAUACAUUGUAUCUGGCACUUGUCACAAAAUUUGCCAAAAAGACUCAAAUCCAAACUUGGUCAUAAAGCUCGAAAUUCAUUGAGUGUUAAUGUUUUUGAACAGCAGUUUCAAGCUUUAAUUGAAAAAAUAUUUACUGCAGGAAUGCAAUCAAUGCAAUGCGUUGAAUCAAUCAAUGCCCUUAUUCACAAAGAAGUUUCUUCUAGUUCAUAUAUGACUGAUGUAGUUGAAGCUAUUGAUUCUCGGAUGCAGAGAGAAGCCUUGAACGCAAAACGACUUUUUGGUAACAUCAAGGAAUUGAUUCAAAACCAUUUAUCAUAUCGAAUUAUUGAAGAACUUAAAAAUCAAAUGUGUGAAUUAGUUCUUUAUCAAUGUAAAAAAAUAGAGAUCGAUUCUGCUAUUGAAUUUAAUGAGGAUCAGUUGGAACAAAUAGUAAAUCGGGAAAAACAUAGUGAUGAAUCCAAUGAAAGUGAAAUAGUAAAAUAA